GUGUUAACUAGCCUCAUGUCGAUUGGCAAUGAAUAUUGACGUGCACGUAUAAAAGGGUUGACGAGCGAGUCUGUGCUAUAGCACUUUGAUUCACUCAGUGAGUUUAUUAGAUCUUUUAACAGUUUUACACAGAGAAAGAUAAAAUGGCUUCCCGUGGCUUCGCUCCUCUUUCCAGUCGUCAGGAAAACAUCAUGGGCCUGGGCCGAGCGGAUGGCCUGCGCGCUCACAAACCGGGCCAGAGGGUUGUGCUCGGUGUUUUGACCGAGAAUGAUCAGCACAAUCGAGUGUUUGGUCAGGUUUCAUCCAAAUAUGAGCCAGCUUUUCGUGACGUCAGCACUUCGAGUGCUACACUUGAUCACGUUGUUGAGCCGGUCAUUGUCCAGACAACUAAACAGUCACCGUCAUUCUUGCUGCCUUCAGAGCUGCUGCUGCUAGAUGAUGCUGUACAAGAUCUUGGUUCAGGAUCUUGCAUGGAUUCUUCCAUGCAGUCAUUGCUGGAGGAGGAGGCCACUUCUUCUGGGGACGUCCUGUGUGUUCCAGAAUAUUCUGAGGACAUUCACAGAUAUCUGCGUGAAUGUGAAGUUAAAUACAGGCCGAAACCCAGCUAUAUGAGAAAACAGCCUGACAUAACCAACUGUAUGAGGAUCAUUCUUGUUGACUGGCUGGUUGAGGUUGGUGAGGAAUACAAGCUGUGCUCGGAGACUCUCUUCUUGGCUGUCAAUUACCUGGACCGCUUCCUUUCGUGCAUGUCUGUCCUGAGAGGAAAAUUGCAGCUUGUGGGAACAGCUGCCAUACUCCUGGCUGCGAAAUACGAAGAGGUGUAUCCUCCGGAAGUGGACGAGUUCGUGUACAUCACGGAUGACACCUACACGAAGAAACAGCUGCUUCGCAUGGAGCAGCACCUGCUCCGAGUGCUGGCUUUUGACAUGACUGCACCCACCGCUCACCAGUUUUUGAUGCAGUACACUUUGGAGGAGCAUAUCUGCGUUAAAACCGUAAACCUCGCUUUGUAUCUUUCAGAGUUGAGCCUGCUUGAGGUGGAUCCUUUUGUGCAAUAUCUGCCUUCCAAGACUGCUGCAGCUGCAUAUUGUCUGGCCAACUACACUUUAAAUGGGGCUUUGUGGCCUGAAAACCUGUAUGCCUUCACUGGUUACUCUCUGGCAGUGAUCAGCCCAUGUCUGAAGGAGCUUCAUAAGCUCCAUCUAGGAGCUGCAGGUCGCCCCCAACAGGCAAUCCAGGAGAAAUACAAGAGCUCUAAAUAUUGUGGCGUGUCCCUGCUUGAGCCUGUGGCGUCUCUGCCUCUCCAUUGAUGUGUAGGUGACCACAUUUGGUUCCUUGAGGCCAACAAAUGAACUGCAGCGCUUAAGUCUAUUGUAAAUAUUGAAUGAAUUGCUUUUUAAAUGUGGCUUUUAAUCUUUUUAAAACGUGAUUUUUAUCAUAGGUUGCUUAAGACUAUAACAUAAUCAAUAAAAUGGUGACUUGUUUCUCUGUAAAUCCAACAUCCUGUUGGUCAGAAGGCUGUUUUCUCCUGUAUCUGUAUAUGAAAUGAACGAAUGGUUUUGUACCACUUUUGUCUACUUUACUUAGGGUCUCUUUUUCUGGUAUACCAUGUAUUUUUUUUACUUGUAUACUAUGUGCGAUAUCAUGUACUCAAAACUAAAUUUCAAUAAAUGAAACAAGUUGCA